AUGGAUUCUGACCCUUCUGAUAUAGUCGUACUCUCUUGCAUGACAUACCAGGUGGCUUUAGCUCCCAACUGCCACGCAUGUCCACGUGUCACCGACAAGCAUAUCCUUUCCAGCUCUCAUCCUCGUACGUAUAACACUGUAAAACGCUUGAAAUUUCUUAAACCAAAAAUGUCCACUCUCUCUGCAAUUUCGUCAAAUCUCGUGAAAAGAACCAUCCCAUUUUGCUCAUUCAGCUCAUCUACUGUAAAAGCUCCACCCUUAUUGCUUUCCUACAAUCCAAUCUUUCGCAAACAUCCGAUGCGUCUCUCGGCACGGUUGCUUGCCAAUGAAGCGGGCAGGAGCCCGCCGGAGUUCCCACCGGAAGUGCCACAAGUUCCUUUCACUCCAGAGAUCGACCCCAGUAGUACUCCAGCUGAGGUACACACUAACCCUCCACCGUAUACUACUCCAGGGCCGAAACCGGGACCGGAAUUCCCUAGGCCGCCGAUACCGCCGCAGCCGGACCCGGUACCGGAACUCCCGGAACCGAUUAUACCACCACGUCCGGACCCCGAUAUCCCGCAUCCGAAACCUGAUGUGGUGCCGCCGGGGCCGGAUAUUGUUCCUCCGCCAUCAACGCCGCCACAGGAUAUCAGUCCCCCAACUGGGCCAUAUGUCGUGUAG